AAUACUGCAGAGCAAACACGUUGUUUACCCCACCCUUGGAAAUUUUUUCUUCUGCAUUUUUUUUUUGUCCCGAAUAAUUUCCUGUUUGAUUCCAAGUAUCCAUUUCUAAUUCCGGCCCUGAGCUUCCCGAUUGCACCAGGGUGUACAUUAACAAAGCUGCUGUGAACUGGGACCUUGGGACCUUGUCAGAAACCUUCUCACUCCCUUCCAUACAAGCACCAGAACCCAGGCACGAGCUUGGCCGUUGAUUCCCGAGCCCACAGUUUUUUUUUCCCCUUUGAUAACAAAGGGUACAAGCCAAGACGUGUGUGCUCGCAACUUCUCGGCUCACGUCCAGCCUCGUCGGUCCGUUUGGUUGAGCCCCUGUUUGUGCCCGCAUCCAGACCUUUCUGCCCGCCCAUAGGUCCUUGUCUGACCACCCCAGAUUGCUUUUAUUUUCUUCUUGAAUUUUUAUUAUUUGUUUUAUUUUUAUUUUAUUUUCCCCUCCAAACUUUAAAACUUGCAUAUCCCCCCAAGCUCUUCCUUCCCUCUUGCUUUUCACCAUGUCCUCCACCGAUCCCACAACAACCGGCCAAACCGCCCAAGAUGCCUCGCGACAGCAGCCCGCCGCCGCCGCCUCCUCCUCCUCCGAACUCGCCAGUGCCAAGAUAACCUUGUACAAGGUGCUGCGGCGCUUUGCCGACUUCCCCAUCGAGGGCAUUGUCUUUAUCGACAUUAUGCCCAUCUUUAUCGACCCGAAAGCCCACCUCGCCCUCCUCCGCGCCCUCGAGCUUCAGGUGCUUUCUUCUUUUGCUCCCGCCGCCGCCAAGCCCGACGUCGUCGUUGGCCUCGAUGCGCGCGGCUUCCUGUUCGGCCCCUCGUUGGCCCUGAAGCUCGAUGCUUCCUUUGUGCCUGUCCGCAAAAAGGGCAAGCUGCCCGGGCCGUGCGUCACGGCUACAUACGAGAAGGAGUACGGACAGGACUUCUUCCAGAUGCAGGAGGGUGCCAUCAAGCCGGGACAGAAGGUUCUGGUUGUGGACGACAUCAUUGCCACUGGUGGCUCGGCUGCUGCUGCCGGUGAAUUGGUCAAGAAGCUUGGCGGCGAGCUCAUGGGCUACUUGUUCCUUCUGGAGAUUGCGCCCCUCAAGGGAAGGGAAAAGCUCGGUGAUGUCCCUGUAGUCACUUUGCUCGAGGAGGCCGACUACCCUCACUAGACAGCACACACUGGAUUGCGGUCUGGAUCAAAGCUGGACAAUAGAAUCUGCAUGACUUCUGAAAGUUGCGUAAAAAAGAAACAAAAAAACGCAAGCUUUGUUGCCUGUGUGGCAGGUCACGGCAACAACGGAAUUUUUUUCGACUCCACAUAUAGUCAGUUUCAACACUGCUAGCCUAUGCAGAAAUGUGUAUCUGCGAUGGAUAAGGAAUUCAUCUCGGCGUUGGGAGUUUGUUAGAUUAUGAGAAGACGGCUUGGAUACAUGGGUGGCUAUUAUAUAUAGGUUCUAUGAGGGGCUCAUAUGACUUUCGUAGAGAUAAUAUCUCCUGCAUGCCGGGUCCUUUCUGUGACUAGACAAAGCGAGUGCAUCUUUGGUUUUCAAACUGUUGAUAGCUUAGCAUGGAGGAUUACAGAUCCUAAAAAGGCACAUUUAGGACAUGAAGAGUCUGCUAAACAAAUCCGAUUACUGGACAAGGUUACUUGGAAAGCAGAA